GCGUCUCUAAACCUCCCCGCACCAGGAAUCUCUCCCCCUCUCCCUUACAGAAGGUAUUUUAACUUUGCAAAGACGACAAAAUUUCAGUGGGCAAAUGGCUUAUUGAGGAGAGCGACCUUCAAAUUUAUAGAGGAGAGAAAUUACGAGGCUGUGGCGGCAGUGGGUUUUUUUUCUUUCGUGCGAAAUGAUUGGCCAUUUCUUCAAAUGAGAAAGUCUGAGAAAUGUCUUUUUCUGUGGGCGACACCAUCAGCAUCCGAGCCAUAAUGUACAGGCGAAAACAAGCGAGUCUUUGCAUCCGCCAAACAAUAUCUGGAUUGGGGAGAACUCAAAGGUCUCAGAGUGCUUAAUGUCAUUAACUCCUUCACUGACAUAAACCAGUCACCAAGGAGCCUAUUUAAAGUCACUCUUCAUCUCUCUUCUAUCACUGAGAAGCUCCUUCCACGCUCUACCACUGCUGAUAUGGAGAAUCUCAGUGAACUCCAAAACCCGUUGCUGGACAAAAACAGUAAACACAUGAUCAACGGUUAUGGAGGAGAAUUCCCUAACAAUCAUUACCAGGAAAACAUUAUAAAUUACUUUGCUGGAGGAGGAGGAGGUGGUGGAGGUGAGGGCGGAGGAGGAGGAGGAAAAGUGAGUAAUGGCAAUGCAGUGAGCGGAAGUUACAAUACCAAUGGGAAGGUGAAAUCUCAGCAGUUUUUGGAUGCCACCUCGCUACAUCUGGCAGUAGAAGCCUUCUACAGACCCAACUUCAUCCUGUACAAGGAGGACAGUGGCAGCAUUAAGGCUAAGGAAUAUAGAAACGAGUGCUGUGAGACCACCUUCACAGAGAAAAAGGCUAAGGAGGUGUCCAACACAACCGGUGCCGACACACCCGGCACAGAGGAUCCUCAGGCGAAGCUGCUGGAGGAUGGUGAACACAUCAAGAUCCAAACGGUUUCCUAUGAGGUGGAGGAGGAGGAGUAUGUGGAGUACGAGACAGACUGUUCCACCGACAGUGAGAGCGAAGACAACUUCAUAGUUGUCCCUCCACGAGACCAUCUCGGCCUGGCCAUAUUCUCCAUGCUCUGCUGUUUCUGGCCUUUGGGGAUUGCAGCAUUUUACUUCUCACAAGGGACCACUAAAGCAGUGAACAAAGGUGACUUCCCACUGGCCAACAUUGCCUCCCGAAGGGCUUUGUUCUUAGCUGCCCUCUCCAUCACUAUAGGCACCGGUGUGUAUGUAGGGGUGGUGGUAGCGCUCAUUGCCUACCUCUCUAAACCAGGGCACAUAUAGCAGUCACACCUUCUUUCCAAACACCUCCAGGGAG